CUCUCCCUCUCCCUCUCCUUCUCUUCCUCCUCAUCACGCCACCAGCCACACCACAAGCGUCCGGCCUCAGAAUCGGAUCAAAGAGCAAGCAACCGGGGCCGAGAGAGAGAGACGAGAGAUUGGAGACCUGCCUCCCCUCCCACCACACUCCGUCACACGCGAGACGGAGACGCGGCGGCAGCCGAGCCCGAGCCCGAGCCCGAGGCCUUGCAUAAAAGCGCAAAAGAUCUCUCGCUCUCUUCUCCCCUAGUCCUCACCCGUGUGGCCGUGUGCCGUCUCCGCGAGCAAGUUCUCUCUUCAUCCAUCCAUCCGUCCAUCCGUCCCCCGUCUCGCUUCCUGCGGCCUGUGGGUGGCGGUUGUCGAUCAGCUUACCCUCCCCCGGCCGGCGAGCUCUCCCUGACAUGGUCGGCCGGAUGGAGCGGCAGACCGCGUCGUCGUCAGCGUCAUGCUCCCCCUCCGCCGCCGCCGCCGCCUCCUCUUCCUCCUCCUCGGUCUGCGGCGGCAAGAAGCGCCCUGAUAUCCUCAACAUGAUCCGGAAUGCAGCCUGUCUUAAUUCAUCAUCUACUGAUACCGGCAAGGGAAGGAGUAAAUUGUCAACCAACAAAGUUGCACAUGGAUUCCACCUGGUGGAAGGCAAGUCCGGCCAUGACAUGGAAGACUACCAUGUGGCAGAGUACAAGUAUGUGAAGAACCAUGAGCUUGGUCUCUUUGCCAUUUUUGAUGGCCAUUUAGGAGAUAAGGUGCCAUGUUACCUGAAAGCUAACCUUUUUAGCAACAUAAUGAAAGAGCCUCUCUUCUGGUCUAGUCCUCAAGAAGCAAUAAAGAAUGCAUACUGCUCUACAAACAAAUUUAUUCUAGAAAAUGCCAAACAACUUGGACCAGGUGGUUCAACAGCAGUUACUGCUAUUGUAGUUGAUGGUAAGGACAUGUGGAUAGCAAAUGUAGGUGACUCUCGAGCUGUUGUGUGUGAAAAAGGCGCUGCUAAUCAGCUCACUGUUGACCACGAGCCUCAUACAACUAAUGAAAGACAGAGGAUUGAAAAGCACGGUGGUUUUGUAACGACAUUUCCUGGCGAUGUUCCUCGGGUGAAUGGCCAGCUUGCUGUUGCUAGGGCAUUUGGUGACCAAAGCCUCAAGGCCCACUUGAGCUCUGAACCUGACAUUAGACAUGUACCAAUAAGCUCAAAUAUAGAGUUCGUCAUCCUUGCCAGUGAUGGAUUGUGGAAGGUAAUGAAGAACCAAGAAGCAGUCGAUCUCGUAAAGUCGAUCAAGGAUCCCCAGGCAGCAGCGAAGCGAUUGACAACUGAAGCAUUGGCAAGGAAGAGCAAGGACGAUAUCUCUUGCAUUGUCAUCCGUUUCCGCUGCUGAGUUACCCACUCUCCACGGCACUGAUCUCCGAUCUUCGCCUCAUGAUAGCGAUUGAGACAAUUUGUGUCUGUAAUCAUCUGCCUUUGCCGAAUUUUUUUUCGCUGAUAGAAUCUGCUGUACCUAUCGUAGUUGUGGACAAGUCUGGAACUAAUUAGGACAGUGAAGACUUGAGAGCUGGUUGGUGAGUGUGUGCAGUGUGCCCAUUCGCCUGUGCAUAUAUACACCAGCGUAGACUGUGCAUCCGUUGACUGGGACUUUGCGGGAGUCUGUCAGGACCUAGUGCUUGUGUGCUUGUGAUGGUAAUGGACCUAAUGGUGGCUAAGGAACUUGUUGAUAUGUAAUUUGGUUAAAUUUAGUUUUCAUGGCUCGCAUUUCGUAGGGUAGAUGCAUCUGAUUUCAAUGAAACAUAUUAGUAGUUCAGGCCAUCUUUGGAAUGAAGGAUUUUUUUCCCCUA